UCUUUUGCUAGUCACCAUGAAUUUACACUUUGUCCUCAUUUUUGAACAUGCGGGAUGUGUACAGUAGAGUUGACUCAUACGAUGACUCUACCAUUAACUAAACUUCUUCGAAGCUCACGAAGAAUGAAGUUUCUUUGGAAAUUUCCAACAUCACUGCUUAUACAGUGUACGCCUGGUGAAAAAGCAAUCUGAAAGGAACUUUGUUAUUUUUAAGAAGAAAAUAUGAAAAGCUGUUUAUACUUUAUGGUAGCUAAUAAAAACAAAAUAAUACAAAAGAGAAAUUUCGCACUAAAACUUUCGGCGCCACCUUUGAAAAAGCGUAAAGAAAAGGAGCAACUUUCGCUCCGCCCUAGGAAGUGGAAUUACUCAGAAAUGAGAAAACAUAUAGUAAUAAAAAAGAGCAGUGGAAGUUUCUUGUAAUUUUUCCUAAAAGGAGCACUGAAACUAAAGGAGCACUGAAACUUCAGUCUGUUUCAUUACUUCCAAAAUUUUAGCUCUCCUCAGUCUUUUCUCUCUUCAUUUGCAAAUUUUAGAUUGGAUUUCUACUCACUCCGAUUCGACGCAUUUUCAGCACAACGCAAGUGAUCAGGUUGGGAUGAAGUCAUUUCUGCUUCCCUAAUUUCAGAUCCACCUGUUCUAGCCCCAAUCUCAGAACUUUCGCUGCUCACGCACUCGGAAAUUUCAUCGCUACUUUUGAAGUGAAAGUACUCAGAAAAACAGAGCAACUUCCGCUCCUCACUAGGAACUAGGAAGUGGAAGUACUCGGAAAAAUAAAGAAUAAUUUCAGUCCUCUUUCAUCUCUUCCAAAUUCUCAGUCUCCUCUUUCUCUGUCUCAUCAGUUCCUAAUUUCAGAUUCAAUUCCAUCUCUUUCAAAGCUACGCAAUUCAGAUCUAUAUUUUCUAAUGGCUUUAAUGGGAAUGGAAACGGACUUCUCAUCUUUCCCAAGUUCCUCUUCUUCUUCUGCCGCCCGAGGGAAGUAUGAUGUGUUCCUCAGUUUCAGAGGUGAGGACACCCGCAACACAUUGGCGGACCUUCUAUAUGAUGCUUUCAAUCAGAAGGGCAUUAACUCCUUUAAGGAUGAUGAAAAACUUGAGAAAGGAAAAACUAUUUCGCCAGAGCUUUCAAGAGCAAUAGAAGAAUCGCAAUUUGCUGUUGUCAUUGUCUCAAAAAAUUAUGCAUCUUCGACUUGGUGCUUAGAUGAACUUGUAAAGAUCUUUCACUGUGAGAAACACAUGGGAAUGAAAAUUCUGCCAGUUUUUUAUGACGUGGAGCCCUCUGAUGUACGGAAGCAAUUGGGAACUUUUGCCCAGGCUUUUAUUGAACAUGAAAAACGUUUCAAGGAGAAUAUAGAGAAGGUGAAGAUGUGGAGAGCUGCUUUGACUCACGUGGCCAAUCUCGCUGGAUGGCCUUUAAUGAAUGGGCCUUUCUCACAAGUUAUUAAAAGCAUUGUGAGGCUAAUAUGGCAUAACUUGAAUAAUGAUGCAUUCUCCGAAGUUACCAAGGGCCUAGUAGGAAUAGACUCUCAUGUGGUGGAAUUGGAGUCGCGUUUAGCUAUAGGGUCAAAUGAUGUUCGCUUUAUAGGGAUUUGGGGGAUGGGGGGGAUGGGUAAGACAACUCUUGCUUGGGUUGUUUAUCAUAUGGUUUCUAAAGAUUUUGAAGCUUGUAGUUUUAUUGAGGAUGUUCGGGAAAAUUUUGAAAAAAAAGGUUUUCUUCCAAUACAACAAAAAAUUAUUGAUCAAAUUUUGAUGGAAAAGGAUUUGAAAAUAAAAGAUAAGUAUGGUGGAGUUAAAAUGAUCAAAAAUGUGUUACAUAAUAAAAGAAUUCUUCUUGUUCUAGAUGAUGCAGAUAAACUAGACUUGUUAGACAUGUUAGCCGGGGAGCAUGAUUGGUUUGGCCCGGGCAGUAGAAUUAUCAUAACAACAAGAGAUAUGCAGGUGUUGAGGACACAUAGAGUAGAUGAAAUAUAUGAAGUUAAAGGAUUGAAUGAUGAAAAUGCUCUUCAACUUUUUUUCUUGAAAGCUUUUAAAAAAGAGCAUGUCCCUGAUGAUUAUAAAGGGCUGUCUAAUGAUUUUUUGAAAUAUGCCCAUGGCCUUCCUUUAGCUCUUGAGGUUUUAGGUUCAUUAUUGUUUGGAAAAAGCAUUGAUGAAUGGAAAAGUGCGUUAGAGAGGCUCAAAGAAUAUCCUAAUUCAGAAGUUUUGCGUGUACUUCAAAUAAGUUUUGAUAGACUCCAUGACACAGAGAAGGAAAUAUUCCUACAUAUUGCAUGCUUCUUUAAUCAUAAUAUGAAAGAUCAUGUUGUAGAAGUACUGGAUAUUCUUGGCCUUCAUGCUGGUGUUGGAUUGACACAACUCGUUGAUAAAUCUCUCCUGAAAAUUAUGGAUCAUGAUGUAGUGUGGAUGCAUGAUUUACUUGAAGAAAUGGGUAAGAACAUAGUUUUUCAAGAAUGCCCUAAUGAUCCUGGAAAGCGUAGUAGACUGUGGGUUUAUGAGGACAUUGACAAAGUAUUAAGAAAAAAUAAGGGAACAGAAGCAGUUCAAGCUAUGGAUAUUAGGGGUGGUUAUUUUCUUAAAGAACAACGGGCAACUUGGAACCCUGAUGCCUUUUUGAAGAUGUACAAUCUUAAAUUUCUUGAAGUUGAUUCCAUUGACCAUGUCCCCACACAUCUUCCUGAUGAUUUAAGAAUCCUUGAUUGGAGUAAUUAUCCUUCAAAAUCUUUGCCAUCAAGUUUCCAAUUGGAUGAGCUUGUUCAGCUUCGUUUGCAACGAAGUGAAAUUAACCAAAUUUGGAUAGGAAGAAAGAAUUUUGACAAGUUGAAGUUCAUUGACAUGGCCUACUCCUCCAACUUGAUUACAACCCCAGACUUUGCUGGAGUCCCAAAUCUUGAGAAAUUAGUGUUUGAACAUUGUACAAAUUUACGCAACCUUCACCCAUCCAUUGGAAUUCUUAAAAAGCUAGUUCUUCUUAAUGUUGCAUAUUGUGAAAAGCUGAGUUCUCUACCAAGCAAGUUUGAAAUGGAUUCUCUCAAGACUCUUAAUCUUUCUUGUUGCAUAAUACUCGAGAAAAUUCCAGAAUUCAUGGGAAGCAUGGUAUGCUUACGGAAACUUUUUUUGGAUUGCACUGCUAUUACGGAACUACCUUCAUCAAUUGGAGGCUUGAUUGGCCUCACUUCAUUGAUUCUAAUGGAUUGCAAAAAUCUUGUGUGCCUUCCUAGUUCCAUUUGUUGUUUGGCAUCUCUUGAAUCUCUAGAUCUUUCUGGAUGCUCAAAAUUUGAGAACUUGCCUGAGAACCUUUGGAAAGUCAAAGGUUUGAAGAAGCUUAAUUUGAGCAGAACAGCUAUUAAAGAGUUUCCUUCAUCAAUUGGAGGCUUGAUUGGCCUCACUUCAUUGAUUCUAAUGGAUUGCAAAAAUCUUGUGUGCCUUCCUAGUUCCAUUUGUUGUUUGGCAUCUCUUGAAUCUCUAGAUCUUUCUGGAUGCUCAAAAUUUAAGAACUUGCCUGAGAACCUUUGGAAAGUCAAAGGUUUGAAGAAGCUUAAUUUGAGCAGAACAGCUAUUAAAGAGUUUCCUUCAUCAAUUGGAGGCUUGAUUGGCCUCACUUCAUUGAUUCUAAUGGAUUGCAAAAAUCUUGUGUGCCUUCCUAGUUCCAUUUGUUGUUUGGCAUCUCUUGAAUCUCUAGAUCUUUCUGGAUGCUCAAAAUUUGAGAACUUGCCUGAGAACCUUGGGAAAGUCAAAGGUUUGAAGAAGCUUAAUUUAAGCAGAACAGCUAUUAAAGAGUUUCCUUCAUCAAUUGAACAUUUGACAAACCUUACUUCGUUGACUCUACUUAAAUGCUGUAAACUUGUGCGUCUUCCUAACACCAAAUAUGGUUUCAAGUUCCGUGGUGAUCUUUUUGUACACACAAAAUUUAAGCAAUACCCAUGGAUAAUCAAAGAUCUAAAGAUACUUGAUUUGAGUAGAACUGCUAUAGAAGAGCUACCUUCAUCAAUUGAACAUUUGACAAACCUUACUCUAUUGACUUUAAGAUAUUGCAUGAAUCUUGUGCGCCUUUCUAGCACCAUUUGUAGUUUGAAGUUGCUUAAUUCUCUUGAUCUUUUUGGAUGCUUAAAAUUUGACAACUUGCCAGAGAACAUAGGAAAUAUGGAUGGUUUGAAGGUGCUUAAUUUGUGUUGGACAGCCAUAAAAGAGGUUCCUUCUUCGAUUGUUUUGCUUAAAAAUCUCAAACAGCUACAUAUCCGUGGAUGGAAGUUAUCAGAUUUUUAUUCCCGGCCAGCAAGUCCUAAGUUGAUGGAACAAUUAUGGAUUUCAUUAUUUUACUUGCCAACAAGUCCUACCACGGAAAGAAUAUUAUUGCCUUCAUUUAUAUAUUCUUCACUGCAAAUAAAUCUGGCUCUGGUGGGCUUAUCAUUGCCUUCCUUAUCAAGUCUACAAUCUUUAACAGAUUUGUAUCUUAGUCACUGCGAUCUUUCGUCAAUUCCCGAUGACAUUGGCUGCUUGUCCUCUUUAGAAUACUUAAAUCUAAAUGGAAAUAAUUUUGGUUGCAAGAGGCUUCAAUCAUUGGAAAAUGUUCCGUCAACUAUUGAUUCCGUAAUUGCAAACGAUUGUAUCUCACUGGAGAGAUUGCUAGAACUGCAAUUUUAUCUUUCUAGGUCAGAUCGCAUCUAUUUGCAUCUAGUGUUUUGUAACUGCUUCAAAUUGUUUGGCAAUAGCGUGCUUCUGAGCUUUAAUAACAUGCUUCAGGGACAAAGUGGUACACUACCAAAGAAGUUAAAAAUUAUUAUUCCUGGAAGUGAAAUUCCGAAAUAUUUUAACCAUGAAUGUACGGGUCAUGAAUUGAGAAUACAAUUGCCUUCUGAUUUGUGUAAUGUGCCGAUUGGAAUUGCAUUUUGUGUUGUUUUUGUACCCAACAAUUGGCCUGUACCUCCUCGUAAUUGGGAGCUUUCAUUUAUAAUCAAUGGAAUUCCAAUGUAUAAGGGAGUAAUUUCUGGUUCUAGGAAAGAAUAUGGUACAAUUGAAUCACAUCACCUUUGGCUGAUGUAUUAUUCCUUUCUGGACGGAUUUCAUCCAUAUAUGAUUAGAGCAUCUUCCCCGACCUUGAAGGUAGAGAAAAUUGGGGUCCGAUUAGUAUACCGGCAAGACAUCGAAAAUCCCAGUAAAACUAUGGGACAGUGCAUCAACAACAGCAGCAUCGUAAUCCAUCAUGAUAUUGGUGAUUCAAUUACUGAAGGUAGUGGAAAUAAGCGAAGUCAUGAUGAGGAUGAUGAUGGGGCAGGACCUAGUGGAAAAUGCUACUCUAUUGUGGAACCACUGCCAAAGAGGAUUCAAAGGCUUGGAGGAUUUAUGGAGGAUUCUGAGGAUCCUAGUCAAAAGGGAAUUUUCCAACUUCUUUGCGAUGGAUUCAGAGGAUCAAACGGUCACGAAGCUUGCAGCCAUUCACGAAUGUAGUAGUUACCAAGACAUCAAAGAUAUCAAUCAAACACUGGCACAGAACAGCAACAACAGCAGCAUGCUCUAUGAGGGACCAGAUCCAAAGACUUGGAGUAUUUAUGUCUGAUUCAGAAGAAUCUAGUAAAAGGGAAUUCUUUGCCUGAAGGGAUCAAACAUCCAAGAAGCUUGAAGCCUAUUGCGGCGGUAAGAGGGAUAGUUAGCUGAGCCACGUUGAAGAAUUAGCCAAGUAGGAUCUCUCCUUUCACUCAAAAUGAUUCCUAGUGAAAAAGCACUCAAAGAACAAGUGUGCUGACAAAGUUUACUCUGGAUGGAUACAAGGUUGGUGGAAUCUUUUGGUGGUGGAGGGAAAUGUCUCUCUAGGUCUUCUCUUCUAGAAACAUCCAAGAACAGCAAAUUCUUUACAUAAGAAAUAUCACGGCAAGGAAGUAACUCGUUGAAUGUCAAUGGGCACACACUCAUCCCAAUUCCAAGGAUCAAAAGUGGCGUUUCAAUAAGAACAACCUUGUUUGUAAAUGUAGAAAUACCUGCAAGUUUAAAUUACAACAAUAACAACCAGAAGAACACAAAGUUGCAGAGCUCAGAAAUAUACCAAGGCAUCUACUGCAGCAUGCUCUCUAAGGAUCAUGAUCCUGAUGAUUUAGCCUCAGAAGGUAGCAGAAGUAAACGAAGGCAUUAUGAGGAUGAUGGGGCUGGAAACCUAGUGGAGAAGGCUACUCUAAUGAGGAACCACAGCCAAAGUGAAUUUAUAAAGUUGGAGAAUUUAUUGCUGAUUCUGAGGAUUCUAGUCAAAGGGAAAUUUUCGACUUCAUUGCCAGAGGGAAUCCAAGAAACUUGAAGCCUAUUGCAGUGGUAAGAGGGAAAGUUACAAGAGCAAAGUUGAAGAAUUAGCCAAGGAGGGUCCCUCCUCUCAAACCCACCUUGGCACUCACUAAACUGGUCAAGAAUUAACCGAGGGUUCCUUUUUGCUGUAUGUAUGUCAAUGUGUGUAUAUAUAUGUGUGACUUUGUUUAAUUGGUUUUAUAGAGUUUAAGCAGUGGAAUCAGUGUAGAGAAAUUAAAGUUCUCUUGUCCCAUGCUUUUGUGCUAUUUUGUAAUCUCCUAUUUUCUUUGUGAAAUUUUUUGUUACAUUGUC